GAUCCGAUAAUAUCAAAUUAUAGAAAAUCUUAGAGAAUUCGAAUCCAACUUCGACUCGCUAUUAAAAGGGAAUCGUUGUAAUGCACUCCUUUUUAGUAUUCGUUUUUAUGCGAUAGAAUUUGGAGCAAGUCAAAUCUCAUUCUUGUUUUGUAUUUUCUUGGAAGCAGUUUGAAAAUGGCGGACGCAGAAAACAAACGACCAACAGAGACGGUACAGGAUGAUCAGAAAAGGCUAAAGUAUCUGGAUUUCGUACAAGUGGCGGUGAUCUACAGUGUGGUCUGCUUCUCGACCCUCUACGACUACGCCAAAGAGAGCUCCGGUCCACUCAAAUCGGGCGUCCACGCCAUCGAAGGCACCGUCAAAACCGUUAUCGGACCGGUCUACGAGCGGUUCCACGACGUCCCCUUCGAUCUCCUCAUGUUCGUCGACCGCAAGGUGGACGAGUCCAUGAGGGAAGUGGAUAGGCACGUGCCGUCGCUAGUGAAGCAGGCGUCAAGCCAGGCAUUGACGGUGGCUCACAAGGCGCCGGAGGUGGCGCGAGCUGUGGCCUCGAAAAUGCAGCGGGCAGGCGUGGUGGACACCGCGAAAAGCAUCACGAGAACCGCGUACACCAAGUGCGAGCCGACGGCGAAGGAGCUGUACGCGAGUUACGAGCCAGUGGCCGAGAAGUAUGCGGUGACGGCUUGGCGAUCGCUGAAUCGGCUGCCGAUGUUCCCGCAGGUGGCUCAGAUCGCAAUCCCCACGGCAGGUUACUGGACAGACAAAUACAACCAGGCGGUUUGUUAUUCGGCUGAGAGGGGGUACGCCGUGGCGGAAUAUCUACCGUUGAUUCCCAAGGAGAAGAUCGCUAAGGUUUUUGAAGAGACCGAUGGUGGGCCUGGGCCAUCUGCCAAUGGUGAAGUUGUCGACGUGGCACAGUGAGCAUCGUUGACAUGGGGAAAAUUAGUUGGUUGAUGUUGGCUUGGGGUUAGCUUUGUUCAUUACUUCUUGUAGGCCUACUAAACCCCAUGGCAUGAUGUUUGUGAUUUUCUUUACUGUGGAGCGUGGAUCACAUCUAUUUGAAUUUUUUUUUUUUUUUUUUUUUAAUAUAGUUUUUUGCUGGAGUUUUAAAGCUCCAAAAGACUCCCAAUCAGUUGAGGUCAAAGGUGCAGAUUUAAGAGAAGUAAUCUGAAUGAUGAUUUCAUGUGCAAACUUGACAAUAAACUGUCCUGAAGGAGAGGGUGCCAAAUCCAUUUG